AUGGCAUGCGGCCACACCCUCGACCAUACUCGGAGGGUGCCCAACUGUCCCUGCAAAGACUCAGACCCGUCGCACGCCAACAUUGUAGAAUGGAGAUACAUCCCGGGCACGUGUGCGGAUUGCCACCACGGACCGGCGCGGUUCCAGGAGAACCGCGAGAACUACGAGCGCCAUCGGGCGCUGAUCAUCCGCUGCUACAUCAAGGCCAAGGAACUCGGCGACAAGGAGAACAUGGCCAUCCUGGAGCGGUUGGUUCAUGAGAGGACUGUGCAGCUGAUGAGAGAGAACUCGAGGACUCUGAGGGGUGCCGAGGGGGGCAGCUCGAUAAAUCAAUAG